AUGAAUUCAGACAAGACGCUGUUGGCCGUUUUUAAACAAUUGUGGUCGUGUGGACUGGCAUUUCUGUAUAAUGUUCCCACCAAAGAUCAAGAGAUUGCAAAAAUAGUGGCACGAAUUUGGAUCUUUGAAGAACACAUUCUACGGUCCUACAUGGCCGUGCCCGGUGCCAAGAAUAUUGCUUAUACGAAUCUGGAGUUUGUCGAAGAUUUACACAACAAUACAUUAACAGUGAGCUAUGCUCCGCCAUUUCAAGGGCCCAUCCUUGAACACGUCUUUGCGUCUGGCAGUUAUACCAAUACAACCCGCAACUACUCCCCCUCGGGCAGGCCAAGGUGUGGUCGUGAACGGAAAGCCGAAAGUCCCGAAGAGAGAGAGACCCGUGCGAGAGAAAUGUUGGCUGACCUUGAAGAACAGAAUACGGCUCUGAAAAAAGAGAAUACUGCUCUGAGGGAAAGACAUGCUGAGCUUACGGCUCACAGAGAAGAAAAUGAGCGCCUGGCAAAACGCUCGCAGAACGUACUCCCAUCACCCGAGAUGAUUAUACACCCGCUUGACGGUGUUCGCGGAUCAGCAGUAUCCGUCGUAACCUUGGAACACAGUCCUCUUGCAUCUGGUAAUGGUAAGGAUACAGUCAAUAUCCGUACCCACCCUAACAAGUCAUUACCCGGCCCUUUGAACCAUUCAUGCAAGUCCCUGCAGCGGACCCAAACAGACUUGGAACCAAAUUCUGAUGAUUUGCUUGAUUAUAUUGACCUUGACUACUGGGCAAGUGAUAUGUUAUCUAUGCUUGGGCAAGAUCAAAAAGAUGGAAUUUGCUGA